GAAAAAUACCCGUCGGAUACCUUACGGGUCAGCGGAUUGAGUCAAACGGGUCGGUUAUUUUUUAACACCCUAAGAGGCUAAGAGCCUAAGACCAUAACUGUAAGUCAGUAACUCGUCAUCGAUGGGUGCAAUUCCCAAGCUAUAUAUCACCCACACUACCCUCCUCCGUAUGCUCUACACGUGUUGCGUUUCAAAUCUGUAAGCAAAAAUAAAAUAAAAUUAGAGGUCCUUUAAUUGCAAGAAAUUUUCAGUCUCAAGCAAAGGCAAAUCAAGAUCCCAGUUCUGUUGAUUUCCUGAUAACAUAAAAUAAUACCAUUUUCAAUCUCAAAAUCAAUAAGAAAAAAAACCUCUGAAAUGUUAGAAACGGCCCUGUCUUUAUCGAUAUACACCAAUAAUCAUGGUGUUGAAGAACAAGAUGAAAAGAAUGAUGGGGAAUUUCAGGGUAAUGGUGAUUUUAGUUUUAUGAAACCAAACAUGGAUUUAAUCAAAGAAGAAGGUGAUGAUUUGGGUGAAAUUGUUGGUGGGUUUGAGAAGAAAUUAGAUGUUGAAGAUGAUGAACCACCACCCAGUCCACCUAUGUACCUUGCUUCUGGGCUUGGGAUUAAGGAUCAUUUUGAUAGUUUUAGGGAGGAAAGAGGAAAUGAUGAAGAGUAUUAUAAAGAGUUGAUUGAUGAAUUUCCUAAUCAUCCUUUAAUUCUGAAAAAGUAUGCUCAGUUUCUACAGAGAAAAGGAGACCUUCAAGGAGCAGAAGAGUAUUAUUUUCGCGCCACAAUAGCUGAUCCUAGUGAUGGGGAAAAUCUUUCACAUUAUGCUCAAUUAGUGUGGGAGCUCCAUCGUGAUCAGGAAAGAGCCUCGGGAUACUUUGAGCUUGCUGCUCAAACUGCUCCCAAGGAUAGCAAUGUUCUGGCAGCAUAUGCUAAGUUCCUUUGGGAAGCAGGUGAUGAUGAACAUGAGGGUUCUAUUCAACCUGAUCUUGGACAGGAAGACCUACAAAAAUCUAUUCACUUGCAUCCUGCAGAUGAGAUUGUAGUUGGCGUUGAUGGUGGCAUUGACAGUCCAAAUUUUGAAGGAGUCCCUAUAAACAGUGCUGAUGUAGAAGAUUACUAUAAGAGGAUGAUCGAGAAAGAUCCAUCAGAUCCCCUGUUUCUGAAGAAGUAUGCUCAGUUCUUGUAUCAGACAAAGGGUGAUCUUCAGAGUGCUGAAGAAUAUUACUCGCGUGCCAUAUUGGCUUACCCGCAAGAUGGGGAGAUGUUGUUGCAGUAUGCAACGUUACUAUGGGAAAUCCAUCAUGACCAGGAAAAAACUUUACAUUACAUGGAACGAGCUAUUGAAGCUGCCCCUGGAGAUAGCAACAAUCUCGCAGCUUAUGCUCGUUUUCUAUGGACCAUUGAUGAUGAAUAAUAACCCACAUCUUUUUCAUAGUGAACUUCAGGUUGUACAUUUAUAUGAACAGCAUGAUAAUUAAAUUGUGAUGUUCAAUAGUUGAAAUUCUGUUUUUAUAAAGAAUGUGAUUUUGCCUCUCUUCUUGUUGGAAGGUUUAUAUGUUGAUAAGUGCCCGUAAAAUUUUCAUCUGUGAGAAGUUCAAGGCCGUUAAAUAUUAUACUAGGGAUAAAAAAUAUAUACUACUUGUAUAUAUCCUCAUUCGUAAGCCAUACAUAUCAGGAUAAUUUCCGACACUAAUUUGUAAUUAUAGCUACUUAUGUCAUGGCUUGCUACCCGAAUGUAAUCCUAGCAAAGGAUGCAUAAUUUCAUGCCUUGACUUGGUAGGUUUUUCAUCCGUGAAAUCCAAACUCCGUUUCCGAUAAACUUGUAUGCACUAGACUGGAUAAUAGAGUGCACUGUCAUUUGUUUUUUUUUAA